AUGCGCAAGCAAGGCCACAGGGCUCACGUCUUUGGGGUGGAAGCUGGCGCCGAAAACUGGGGCACAGAGGGCUGCCAAACACAAGCAUCCACCGCUGUCCACACCAAAUGUCUCUGCAGCCGCAUCUCCACCUACGCCGUGCUAGCCCAGCAAGCUAAAGACCCGGAUAUGGGUCCAAGUAGCAUGCCCUCCGUCCCCUUGAUGGUGGGCUGUGGCGUCUCGUGCACCGCUCUGUUUAUCCUGCUGCUGAUCUACGCUGCCUUUUGGAGGUAUAUUCGCUCAGAGAGGUCCAUCAUCUUGGUGAACUUUUGCCUCUCCAUUCUGGCCUCCAACUUAUUGAUUUUGGUGGGACAAUCGCAGACUCUGAGUAAGGGCCUUUGUACUGUGACGGCUGCCUUCCUGCACUUCUUCUUCUUGGCGUCCUUCUGCUGGGUGCUGACAGAGGCGUGGCAGUCCUACCUGGCUGUCAUCGGCAAAAUAAGGUCACGUCUCAUACGCAAGAGGUUCCUGUGUCUUGGAUGGGGUCUCCCAGCGCUAGUUGUAGCAGUUUCUGUGGGUUUCACCAGAGCCAGAGGUUAUGGAACCGCCAGCUAUUGCUGGCUGUCACUAGAAGGUGGUCUAUUGUAUGCCUUUGUUGGACCGGCAGCUGUUAUAGUGCUGGUGAAUAUGCUCAUUGGGAUUGUGGUGUUUAACAAGCUUAUGUCCCGAGAUGGCAUAUCCGACAAGUCAAAGAAGCAGCGAGCGGGUGUACAUGCCCAAAGUGUCCCAGCAGAGGCGGGGAGUCGGCUGCUCCUGAAAUGCUCCAAGUGUGGCGUCAUAUCUAGCUCCAGCAUGUCCAGCACCACAGCCAGCAGUGCCAUGGCCUCGCUGUGGAGCUCUUGUGUAGUUCUCCCUCUCCUAGCAUUAACCUGGAUGUCAGCGGUCCUGGCCAUAACUGACCGGAGAUCUACACUUUUCCAGAUCCUGUUUGCUGUUUUCGACUCAGUCCAGGGCUUCGUCAUCAUCACCAUCCACUGUGCUAUGCGUCGUGAGGUGCAGGAUGCUGUCCGCUGCCGAAUGGGGGGAUGUAAGGACGACAGCGAAAACUCUCCCGACUCCUGCAAGAACGGACAGGUGCAGAUUAUGACGGAUUUUGAGAAGGACGUGGAUUUAGCCUGUCAAACAGAAAGAGGACACCCAUUUAUUUUCAAAGAGGUGAAUACUUGUAACCCCACCACCAUCACAGGGACACUCUCGCGCAUCUCCCUAGACGACGAGGACGAUCCCAAGCUGGCGACCCAUCAGGAAGGAGUCAACUUCAGCUCACUACCUGGCAACAUACCUCCUACCAACCUCAUAGUGCAGGUGCCGCCUUUAGGAGGUCUGAAUGAGCUGAGUGAGACUCCGCUGAAGAAGGAGGUGAACGUGGACCAGCAGAGGCAGGGGCCGCACACUGGAGCUCCAAUUUACUUGUGCACCGAGAGUGGCCUGGGCUGGGCUCGACCGCCCAAUUCCUCCAAUACAUCCCAGGACGGCAGCGCUGGGAGUGGGGGAAGUGCGGGCAGUGCUGCGGGCAGUGGGAGCACAGGUGGAGGUGAAGGGGACUAUAUGGUGCUACCACGGAGGACAGUGAGUCUCAAACCUCCUGCAGCCUCCUCCCACGGAGGAGGUCUGGGACUAGGGGGCGAGGACAAGCCCCUCAAUAUCGCCCUGGAGGACCCUCCUUUCCCCCCACCCCCAUCUCCCUUAACCCUUCACCCUGCAGAGAGCGAGGCUUACCCAGCAGACUUUGUACCGUCCAGUGUGGGCGACAUGAACAUCACCAUGAACCUCAACCGCUCCUAUGGGACCAUCAAAACUGUGCCCCACAACCACGGGCACAUGAUGGUGCAAGGCGGCCUGGUGCACCCCCACAGUGGGCACUUGCAUCCCCAUGGACACUCCUUACAGCUGAAGCCUGGACAGAGGCCAUCUGUCAGACAGAUCCUCACGGGUGGAAACGCAGUAGAGAGAACCAGGACCCUGCCCCAUAACCUUGGCAGCACAAACGCCAACAGCAGCAUCUCGGCAGGAUCCCUGGAGAGGAAAAGAGUACGGUAUUCAGAGCUGGAUUUUGAGAAAGUGAUGCACACUCGCAAAAGACACUCUGAGCUGUACCAUGAGCUCAACCACUCGUCCAAGUUCCACACCAUAGGCAGGUAUAGCAGGGACCCAGCCAUGUCCACUUUUAAGGUCCCCCCUCCCCCUCCUCCGAGGCACAACCCCGAACCGUCACUAGUGCGCAGUUUGAAAGUAGCAAGACAGUCGGCAGAACCCGGGGCGUCCAUUUCAACGAAGGACAAGUCAACCCCAGAGGAGCAAGACUCAUGGGACAGUUUCAAGACCAUGACCCCUGAGUUGACCAUUGUGCCUGGGGAGCAGAAGGACCGUUUGGAGCUGCACAAUAAGAACUGGGACUCGACGUCGCCUAACACACCAGAGUCUUCUGAGGGCGAUUUCCAGACUGAAGUUUGA